CAUCGUCAGCUGCACCAGGUUUCGAUACUCUCUAGUGAUGGAGGAAGAGCAGCAUGAGGUGGUGAUCGUGGGAGCUGGAAUCGCGGGGCUGGCGACGGCGGUGGCGCUCCAGAUCGUGGGCCUGCAGACCCUGGUCCUGGAGAGGUCCCCUGAGCUCCGCGCCACAGGAGCCGCCAUAGGGCUGUCCUCCAACGCUUGGCGCGCGCUCGAUGUCCUCGGCGUCGCCCACAAGCUCCUUCCCUCCUGUCCUACCGUCCCAAAAGCGGUUGUCACAGACCUCCCCACCGGAUCAAUUCAAGCGGUGCCCUUCACCCGGUCGCAGAGGGGUGACACGGCAACUCGAAUAGUGCACCGGAAGGAUCUGUUAGAGACGCUUGCUGAGGAGCUGAAACCGGGAACCAUAAGGUUCUCGUCAAAGAUAACCUCCAUUGAUCAAGACGCGUCGUCGUCUGUCACGGCCGUGCACUUGGAUGACGGAUCCGUCGUCAAAGCCAAGGUGCUGAUCGGCUGUGACGGUGUGCACUCGGUGGUGGCGCGGUGGCUGGGGCUCAGUGAGCCGGUUCAUUCCGGUCGGUCGGCCGUCCGAGGCCUUGCGGUGUUUCCUGAAGGCCAUGGGCUCAAGAACGGAGCCGCGCAGUACGUUAUUGAUGACAAGAGGGCUGGGUUUGCUCCUCUUAACAGCAACGACCUUUACUGGUUCAUCACCCACCCCUCCACUGCAAGAGAGAAAGAGAUACAAAGAGACCCCGAGCUGAUCCUGGCGGAAGUGACGGAGAAGCUUGCCAUCGACUUUCCACCCGAGUUCCAAAUGGUGGUGCGCCACGUCGACCUCGCCACCCUGAGCUGGGCACCGCUGGUCUUCCGACUCCCGUGGGACGUCCUGCUGGGCCGGAUCCACAAGGGGUGCGUGACGGUCGCCGGGGACGCCAUGCACCCGAUGACGCCGGACCUCGCGCAGGGCGGGUGCACAGCGCUGGAGGACGCCAUCGUGCUCGCGCGGAACCUCGCCGGGGCACGGUCCCGGGGCCAGCUCGCCGCGGGGCUGGAGAGUUACGUGCGGGAGCGGCGGUGGCGCGCCGCGUGGCUGAUCGCCGCGUCCUACCUUUCCGGGUGGGUGCAGCAGGGAGGAAACGCCGGAGUGUGGCGAUCGUCGGUCGAGUGGUUCCGGCGUAACAUCUACUACAAGUUUCUCCAUUCCAGGAUCUUCUUCGCCGUCCAUCAAUACGACUGUGGGGAUUUGCUGCCAGCGGAGUAGCAGACCCUUGCCGUCGACGUUACAAUGAUGGAGCUGUUGCUCCUAUCAAUUUGCUCUCUGUUGACUAAUAACAUCAUAGCUAUGUGAUGUACAAAUAAGGAUGGCUUCAUUCAUUCACCACUGUCUCUUUGUGAAAUCCCAUGCACUUGAUCAUGGUCAUGAUAACUAUUCAUU